AACGCACUGCAGUGGCGAAUAGAGAAAGUACGCAAAAGAGCCGCUGUCAGGCAAGUCAAGACAAGUCAAGUCCUUUUUUUGGGUCGGCAAGAUGACGGCAAAGACGAAACUACCGAGGAAGGACAAGAAAGACAAGGAGAAGAACCCCAUGCGUGAGGUUCGGAUCCGCAAGCUGUGCCUCAACAUUUGUGUCGGUGAAUCUGGAGACAGGCUGACCCGAGCUGCCAAGGUGCUCGAACAGCUGACAGGCCAGCAACCUGUGUUCUCCAAGGCUCGCUACACAGUGCGAUCGUUUGGCAUCAGGAGGAAUGAAAAGAUUGCCGUGCACUGCACUGUCCGGGGCCCCAAGGCUGAAGAAAUCCUCGAGAAAGGCCUCAAGGUGCGAGAAUACGAGCUCCGCAAGGACAACUUUUCGGACACCGGCAACUUUGGCUUCGGUAUCCAGGAGCACAUUGACCUGGGCAUCAAGUACGACCCCACCAUCGGCAUCUACGGCCUGGACUUCUACGUAGUGCUAGGCCGACCAGGCUUCAAUGUUGCCCACAGGCGCCACAAGAAGGGUACCAUUGGUUGCAAGCACCGGCUUUGUAAGGAGGAAGCCAUCAAAUGGUUCCAACAGAAGUACGAUGGCAUCAUCUUGCCUGGAAAGAGCGGCAAAUAGACCUGCUGUUCACAACAUUUGAUCCUUCACAAAUAAAAAGAAAGCUCAUGGUGUAUGUUUUUUUUUUUUCAUACAUAUACAAAAUGCGAUGUUUUGUAAUAAAACAGGACCAUGCAUACUUUUGCAUUGCAAGAAACUAGCAUACAAUAAAAUUUCGAAUCAGUUGUUUCGAAA